AUGGAAAGGAAUGCUCCGACGAACGAUGACUCACAUCUUCAAACACCUUUCGAGAAGCAUCAACAACACCUGAAAACUGAAUCCGACAUGUAUCGGCACUUUGAACGAUACCAUUUAGAAUUGGUCAUUAAAGACAUCAAUGUUGAUUUUGUUGAUGAAGAAGAAAUUAAAUCCGAGCAAGCCUCCAUGAUUGUUUUCACGGCAGGUGUGAGUGUCAUUGCAAAACUCGUCUAUGAUUCCUACAAUUCUCAUGAACAACUCGGUUAUGGAACCGCUUCGGGUGAUUCUCGAGGAAAAGCAAUUCUUGAUGCAAAACGGAAAGCCAUUGAGGAUGCUUCUAUUCGAUGUUCCAAAAUGUUUGGUGAUAUUCAUAGUGGGCAUGCUCAAUUGAUGCAGCAACAAAAGCAAGCUGCAACAACACAACAUAGGUAG